AUGCGCUUCUUCGCAGAGCCCGUCCUCGCCCUCGCGGCCCUCCUGCUCGUCGCAGGCGGAAUCGUGAUGCAGUUCUUCACCAUCCUGUCCGGCGCCGUCAACAGCGCGCCCGUCAACCAGUUCUACUUCCUGCAAGCCGGCACCAGCGGCAUCCCCAAUGCCCGCAACCCCAGCCGCUGGACCUUCUUCGCCAUCUGCGGCAGCGACCCCGCGAGCGGCCACAAUGCCAAUUGCGGCGCCGUCGUGCCCGCACUGCCCUUUGACCCGCCGCGCAACUUUGGCACCACGGAGAAUGUGCCCGAGCAGUUUGUCGGAACCCACGUGUACUUUUACCUGUCGAGGUUCAUGUUUGUCUUCUACCUGAUUGCCCUGUUCUUCGCCGCGUGCGCCCUGUUCACCGGCCUGCUGGCCAUUUGCAGCCGUCUGGGCGGCUACCUGUCCGGUCUGACCGUCUCCAUUGCCCUGUUCUUCCAGGCCCUGUCGGCCUCGCUGCUCACCGCCUGGGUCGUCAAGGGCCGCAACGCCUUCCGCUCCGCCGGCCUCGAGGCCUCGGUCGGCCGCUACCUGCUCGCCUUCGCCUGGGCCUCGUUCGCCUGCUUCCUGAUCGCCACCGUGCUGUUCUGUCUCGGCGGUGCUCUGGGCGGCGACCGUACUUUGGCCGUCUCGCGUCGUCGCUCCACCAAGAGCAGCAAGAGCCGCGCCAGCUUCAUGGACACGGACAGCCAGAGGCGCGUCAAGGACGACUUUUCUGCGUAG